AUGGAAGAACACAUGGAGAAGUGGAGUAGCGAGCAGGGCGAACGAGCACCGGCGCCGCGCCAGCCGAGUCGAGAUGCUUCGGACAGAGGUCCGGACCAGAUCGCCGAAGCCCAGGGUCUCGAAGCAUUCCGCUGGCACGAUGAGCCCGGCCGGGACGACGAAGGCGGUGUUGGCGGUGUUGGUGAUGGUGGCCCAGCCGCAGGUCUUCAAGAUCAGGAUGGCGAACCAAUCAACCCUAACCGAGGCGGAGCUUUUCGCGCUCCCAGUCGUCGCCGACGAGGAGGCCGUCUUCGCGCACGAGGUAGCCGAGGUGGCCGAGGUCGUGUCGGUGGUAGUAGCCUAGCCGUCGGUCCUCAAGACCAGGAAGGUGAGCCCUCCCUCCCCAACCCAGACGAUGAUGAUGUUGGUGGUGCUGGUCCAGCCUCCGGUCCUAGAGACCAGGAAGGCGAGCCACCCAUCCGGGGCGGACGAAGUGGACGACGUGGUCGAGGUGGUCGAGGCGGUGUCCAACCCUCCCCCACACAAUCGCUCGUCUCCUCUCACCCGACCUCCGGGGAAUCCCUCAGAAUUAUCCACCAGGGCCAUGGUUCCUUGACCACCACCUUGCCCAUGUCCCGUGUUACGAUGGGUGAAUUUCUUUCCAUCUGGCGACACCAGAAUCGCGGCCGUCUUCCUCCUACUUUCAUCACCACGCACACCUUAGAUCGUACGGUGAACCGCUACAAAAAUCGCCGCUGGGCAAUAGGUUCCCGACCCAAGCUGCUUCCCCAGGCCAGCGAACCGGACCCUGAGCCGCAGUCCCGGCCGAGCCUCGCCCCGGCAGCCAAGGCAAGGAGGAAGAAGAAGAACCGGACUCGCUUCGAGAGGAGGGAGAGGCGGAAAGCCGAGUCUCGCGUCGAGUCUCGCGUCGAGGAGUUGAGUGAAGGCGAAGGUGAGGACGAAGGUGAAGGUCCUGCUUCCGCGGAACCUCCUCCCGUCCCAAGAAUCGUCCUGCCUCCUGUUCCUCCCGGCGGCCCGCGCUUCGACCGCCCCCCCCAAUACCGCCCGCGAGACCCCAAUGAGCUGAGCUUCUUUCCGCAAGGCCCGCCUGCCCCGCAAGCCUUGCCUAUCACAUGUGCAAACUGUGGCAAGGCCGGCCACGAGGUGGUCCAGUGUCCUGGGCCAGUUGAUGCCGACGGCUUUGUCGUCGGUUGUCCGGUCCACAACACUAGGGACCAUUCGUUUGACCAGUGCUGGGUGGAGGGGGAUUGGGCCUCGGACGAUCCUAGGUACUUCGAGUACCUAGUCCAGAGACGAGCGUGGCUCCCCCCCUUGAGGACCAGUGUCAGCUGGGUGGCUUUCGCCUUCAACGGCGAUGAGGUCUACGUCACGCUGGGCUACCCGCUCACGCGCGGCUACAGCAGGACCAUCUCCCAGCAGGUCAUCGACAAAUAUGACUUUGGCAUCGCCAGUCUCACCGGUCCCCAGCUGGGGGUGGACUCCAUGACCUCCUCCCCCUUCUUGGUCCGCCUAAACCGUGAGAGGCUCAUGGUCACCGAGAAGGGGCCCGAGCCCGCUGCUCCAAUGAGCAGCGACGACAACGAUGUUCCGAUGCAAGGCGCCGAUUACGACGCGCCAUCGGACGGCGUCAAUCCGCCAGACGAUGAUGCCUCGUCGGCCGAAUGCGACGACGCGGAGUAA